AUGAAAAAAUUACUUGUGGUUUCAGGACUUACAGGAUCAGGUAAAUCAUAAGUAGUUUAAAUACUUAGUGAAUAAUUAAAAUCAAAAAUAAUACCAGUAGAUUCUCUGUAAGUAUGAAUUCUUAUAUCAUUGUAGAUUUAUAAGAAUUGGCCAAUAUCAAGUAAUUGGCCUAAAACAUUAUAGAAUUAUGAACUCAUAGGAAAAUAUGAUGGAUUAAAAUAGACUAUAACAAGUUAUCGUUUUAAGAAGGAUGUCUUGUAGAUAUUGAAAUAAAAAGAUAAUUACAUAUUAGAGGGUGGAUGUUGUUUCUUUCUAAAUUAUUUAAUUAAUUCAAGAAAGGAAUAAUUUGAUGAAGAGUAAAUAAAAGCUGCAGAUAUAUAAGCAUCAAAAUUAUUAGAAAAUUGUGGAGAUCCAUAAGCUCUAUUAAAAUAAUAUUUUUUAAAUUAUGAUGAUUCAAUCAAUAUAUCAGAUAGAUAUAGAAUUUAAAAAGCUUUAAGAUUUGCUUUAUUAACAAAUGGAUAAUCCAUAACAUCUCCAUUCAAUGAGGAAGAUCCAAGACUAUGUGAUGAAUUGGAUAUUAGAGGAUUUUUUUUAACAGAACCUUAAGAAAACAUUUCAAAAAAAAUAUAUGCAAGGUAAUCUAUAAUAUAGUAUCAGGUGUGAUUAAAUGAUUCAAUAAGGAUUAUUGGAAGAAUUUUAUUAAUUUUAUUAAAUGUUAGAUUAAUAAGAGUUUCGUGUCACUACACCUAUUGGGUAUGAUGAAUUUGUUAAUUUAUUAAAAUGUUUUUAAAAUAUUUUUGAAGGAAGGUAUAUAUCCAAUAGGAGAGCAGAAAAAUAAAAGAGAGAAUAUGUUCUAAAAUUUAUUUAAUAAUUCUAUAUAAAAUCACGAUAAUAUGCUGCAUACUAACGCAAAUAUUUUAGAUCUAAUUUAAAUUAGUUCUUAUGGAUAGACAACAGAAAUAUAAACAUUCCAUAAUUAAUUUUAUAAUAUUACAAUUGUGAUAGAUAAGAAUACGAAUCAAAAGUGGCUUCACCAUAAAAUGAACAAUAGAAAAAUGAAUAGAGCUCAAAAUUAUUAGGUAAAUAGAAUGAUCCACUCCCACCAAAAUAGAUAUAAGAAAUAACUUAUAAGACAGUUUAAGGAUUUAUAGAUUAAUGA